AUGAGUGAAGCCCCCGAAUCGAUUUUAAAGCACGUCAAUCCUAAAACUCAAGCACUCUUAAGAGCAUCAGCAAAACACAGAGAAGAAUCUGCCAGAUCAAACGACGAUACCAUGUCUACCGAACAAACCUUCAUUGCCAUCAAGCCAGAUGGUGUCCAACGUGGACUCGUUGGCCCAAUCAUCAGCCGAUUUGAGGCUCGUGGUUACAAGCUUGCUGCCAUCAAGCUCACCACCCCAGGAAAGGACCACCUCGAGAAGCAUUACGCUGAUCUCUCCGACAAGCCAUUCUUCGCUGGUCUCGUCAACUACAUGAACUCUGGCCCAAUCUGCGCCAUGGUCUGGGAAGGACGUGAUGCCGUCAAGACUGGCCGUACCCUCCUCGGUGCCACCAACCCAUUGGCCUCUGCCCCAGGUACCAUCCGUGGUGACUUCGCCAUCGAUGUCGGACGCAACGUCUGCCACGGUUCCGACUCCGUCGAGAACGCCAAGAAGGAGAUUGCUCUCUGGUUCAAGGAGGGUGAGGUUCUCUCAUGGAAAUCCGCUCAACACGACUGGGUCUACGAGAAGUAGAUUAGAUUUGAUGUUCUGUCAUUUAGUCCAACAAACAAUUAG